AUGGCUGCUUUUCGCGCAGGCCGUUGGUGCGUGCCACUGAGGUGCCGUUGCUCUCCCAAAGGCUCCCGCUCAGGGGAGGCAGCCCGCCUCGCACAACACGGUCGCUUUAUUUUACUGCCACCUACUGGAAAAAAUAUAAUAAUUCUUUUUCAAAUUGCUAAGGACGGGGCAGCGGGCGGCAGCGGCCAAACGCCUGACAGGAGUCGGGGUGGAGGCCGGGCUUGCUCCCCGGCGGGGCCUGCACCCCACCAAGCCGCACCGGGCCGGGCCCCGCCGCCUCGCCAGGCAACAGGGGGCUCGGGGAGCGGCAGCCCGAGGCGCAGCGAGGGGCUCCAGGCGUGGGGCUGCGCCCCGCUCCCCGCCGGGCCCGGCGGCCGGCCCCGGGCCGAACCUUCUGGAGCAGGACGGCGGCGGCGGCGGCGCCGGUUGCCACGGCAACGGCCGUCCCCCCUCCGAGCCCCGCCCCGCUCGGCUCCGUCACAGCCUCGGCGGCCAGUGGGCGGUGCGGGGAGGGGUCACGUGGGGCAGCGGGCGCCGCCGUGAGGGGCUGGCGGGGCCGGCGGCGCUCACACCGCCGGGGAGCUGCAGCC